AUGCACAAGGUCAUAAUUCUCAACUUCCAUACGACAUUUCAGGCCACGCAGCCAUCUCUUGAGCACCUUGGCAUUUCUACGACAGAUCUCAAUGUGCAUAGUACACCAGGACAUGCGCAAUUCGACUCGCGGAUACAACCAACGCUCGUCCAACAGCAGCAUCAAUCAGAGAAUUACUUGGAGAGCACGAAUCGACUCAUGGAGUGUCUUUGGGACGAUUGUGCUACCAGCCUUCCAAUAUCUCAAGAAUGUAACAACUGUACAAUUUCCAACAAUCACACCCAUGCUUGGGACGCCGAUGCGAUUCUCCACCAUCUCCUGUCUGCCCAUAUUCAUGAACCAGAAUCUCAGCAAGUUCACUUCCCAUCCACGUUGCACUCUCAUUCGUCGCUCUAUGCCUCGCUAGAUUCCAAACUUCAGGAAAUGCAUGUGGAGACCACAACGACGGCAAGCUCCCCUACAUUGGAGGAAAACAGCCAUGACCUAUGUGAUCACGGUCCCUGUCCCUGCGAAUGGGAGGGCUGCACUGCGACGUUCCUGUCGUGUGACGAAUUGACAACCCACAUCACCGAAGUUCACGUCGGGCAUGGCAAGAGUUCGUACGGGUGUCACUGGAAAGGGUGUGAUCGCCAUGGAGAAUUGGCGUUUUCGAGUAAGCAAAAGGUUUUGCGGCACAUUCAGAAACAUAGCGGGUACAAACCCCAUGUCUGCUCAGUAUGUCAAGAACGCUUCGCAGAAGCGACGUCGCUACAACAGCACAUGCGACGGCACACCCAUGAGAAGCCAUACGUGUGCGACUUUCCUGGCUGCGGAAAGGCAUUUUCUAUCCCGGGAGGCUUGCGAAUUCACAAGCGAGCACACUCUGGAGAACGUCCAUUCAAGUGCCCUGAACCAGGAUGCGAUCGCGCAUUUGCAGAGAGCUCUAAUUUGGCAAAACACAUGCGUAUACAUACGGGUCUCAAGCCAUUCCAUUGCACACAUCCCGGAUGCGGCAAGUCAUUUGGAAGAAAGGAUCAGCUGCUGCGCCAUACGGCGACGCAUCGCUCCAAGGGAGUAACAAACGAAAGUACGGCGUAG